AUGCGAAAUGUCAACACCGCCAUCAAGCGUGAACGUCACAUCAUUCCAACAGUUGAUGAUCUUAUCGCAUCUCUCAAUGUGGCAACAACAUUCAGCACGCUGGACUUAAAUUCUGGGUAUCACCAGAUAGAGCUCGAUGAAGAGUCGUGUCAGUACACAGUCUUUUCUACACAUGUUGGGCUCUUUCGUUACAAGCGGCUCAAUUUUGGUCUUUGUUCCGCGUCCAAGGUUUUCCAGCAUGCAAUACAGAUAACCUUUCAGGACCUACCAGGUGUGCUGAACAUCAGCGAUGAUCUUCUUGUCUUCGGUCGCGACCAAGCAGAACAUGAUGCACGACUUCAUGCUGUUAUGCAACGUCUACGCUCAGUGAACUUGAUGCUAAACCCUGCUAAGUGUGUCUUUAGCACAGGUCGCGUGGUGUACUUCGGGCAUGUCUUCACAGCCAACAGCAUCAGUCCUGAUCCGCGUAAGGUGGAUGCAAUCAACGCUGUCGCAGAGCCACGAAACAUCUCAGAGAUGCGCAGUUUCUUAGGCAUGGUGACAUACUGUGCUCGUUUCAUUCCUGACCUCGCGUCCAUCUCUGCUCCUCUCAGACAACUCACAAAAGCUGACGUGCCAUGGACAUGGGGACCAUCUCAAACAUCAGCAUUCAGUCGCAUCAAGGAGCUAGUCUCCCAACACUGUACUAUGGGAUAUUUCAACCCAGCAAACCCCUCAGAGGUUAUUGUCGAUGCAGGCCCUCUUGGUCUUGGGGCAAUUUUGGUCCAGCAUGACUCGCGCACACAGUCAGUCAUCCCUAUCGCGUUAGCUAGUCGGUCAUUGACACCUGUAGAACAGCGAUACUCGCAAACCGAAAGGGAGGCAUUGGCCAUCACAUGGGCUGUCAGACACUUUCAUAUCUAUUUAUAUGGUGGAUCAUUUGUUGUAACCACAGAUCACAAGCCACUGUUAUCAAUGUUCAAUAACGCCCAUUCAAAGCCGCCGAUCCGCAUAGAACGCUGGUUACUGCGGCUACAAGCGUACGACUUCCAGGUCCAAUACCACCCUGGAAAAUUGAACCCAGCAGACUACAUGUCACGCCACCCACGUAUCGCGGAGAGCGCAGGAUCAUCAGCAGAAGAAGAAAUCGCAGAACAGCAGGUCUCCUUCAUUGCAGCAAACGCAAUUCCAAAGACAGUCACGCAUGAGGAUAUAGUAUCUGCAACAAGCACUGAUGAUGUUCUUCAAAACUGUAUGCGUGCUAUCCAGGAGGAUAGCUGGAAUGAUCUUCUAGCAGCUGCAGAUGCAUCAUUGCAGAGCGAAUAUAGAAGCCUACAUGAAGUACGCGAUCAACUCACUGUAUCGGAUGGCAAUAGCAUGCUCUUACGCGAUCAUCGUAUCGUCAUUCCGCGUUCGCUUCGGCAGCGUAUCAUCGACAUAGCACACGAGGGCCAUCAGGGCAUAACUAAGACAAAGGCUCUCUUGCGUGAGAAGGUGUCGUUCCCUUCCAUUGAUCGUAUGACUGAACACACAGUUCGUGAUUGUCUGUCCUGUCAGAUGAAUACCGUUGAGCACGCCAAGGAACCACUUAGAAUGACGGAGCUUCCGCAACAGCCUUGGACAGAGGUUAGCGUAGACUUUGCCGACCUUCCUAGCGGUGAUCACAUGUUGGUAGUCAUUGAUGAUUACUCGCGUUUUGUCGAAGUAGAGAUUGUUUCCUCUACUGCAGCAAGUCAGGUCAUUCCGAAACUUGACCGAAUCUUCUCAAGCUUUGGAGUUCCUACUGUGGUCCGUACCGAUAACGGCCCACCAUUCAAUGGUGCGGAAUUCAAUCAGUUUGCCAACUACCUGGGAUUCAGGCAUAGGAAGGUUACACCGCGUUGGCCUCAAGCUAACGGUGAGGUUGAAAGGUUCAUGAAAACACUCAAGAAAGUCUAUCGCUGUGCCAUCGCAGAACGCAAGUGUUGGAAGCAAGAAAUAUACAAGUUCUUGCGCAACUAUCGUGCGACACCACACUCUACUACAGGGGUUCCCCCAGCGACCCUUCUUUUUGGACGACCGCUACGCACGCGUCUUCCAGAAGUGCCAUCUCACCAACAUCACAAUGACCUCGAUGCUUCUGUUCGCGAUCGCGAUAGAAACAAGAAACAGAGCAUGAAAAGCUAUGCAGACAGUCGCGGAAAAACCCAACCAUCACCAAUCGCUGUUGGCGAUACUGUGCUUGUUCGUAGGGAUGGAAUGGUCCCAAAGCACCAGUCGCCAUAUCUUCCGCAGCCAUACAAAGUUGUGAGAAAGCGUGGAUCUCGCAUUACCGUUCGUUGUGCCAAUCAUUACAUCACACGCAACUGUUCGCGAUUCAAGUUGUAUAGCGGUCCGAUCCCUUCCAAUCGCUAUGAUGAUGAUGAUGAUGAUGACAUGGAGACUCAUUUUCCUCCAAAUGCACACAAUGUCCCAAUGCCAGCAGGACAUUUGCAGCCUGCUGUACCACGGCGCAAUCCGCGUCGUGAGCGCCGUCCUCCGUUACGUUUUCGUGAUUUUGUACCAUGA